CGGGGAUAGGGAGGAGAUGGAGGCUGCCUGGCCCUUGUUGUUUACUAACACGGCCUUAAGCAUUUCCUGGGUGCCUCCCUGGGGAGGAUGGGCUGGGGGCUUCUCUCCCUGGAGCUGCUUUGGAGCUGCCUUGGAGCUGCCAGUGAGACCUGUGUCCCGGCUCUGCUGACAGGUCCUGCCUGAUUCCACCCUGGAAAGUCCUAUUGAAGAAAUGGCCCUGGUGAGGGGCGGCUGGCUGUGGAGACAGAGCUCCAUCCUCCGCCGCUGGAAGCGGAACUGGUUCGCCCUGUGGCUGGAUGGAACUCUGGGCUACUACCACGAUGAGACUGCACAGGACGAGGAAGACCGCGUGCUCAUCCACUUCAAUGUCCGGGACAUAAAGGUCGGCCAAGAGUGUCACGAUGUGCAGCCCCCAGAGGGCCGGAGCCGUGAUGGCCUGCUGACUGUGAACCUGAGGGAGGGCUCCAAACUGCACCUGUGCGCAGAGACCCGGGACGAUGCCGUAGCAUGGAAGACAGCGCUGCUGGAGGCAAAUGCCACCCCGGCCCCAGCUGGAGCCACCGUCCCAACCAGAAGCCGCCGGGUUUGCCCCAAGGUCAGGUGUGUGACCCGUUCGUGGAGCCCUUGUAAAGUUGAGAGGCGGAUCUGGGUGCGAGUCUACAGCCCAUACCAAGACUACUACGAGGUGGUGCCCCCCAACGCACAUGAGGCCACAUACGUCCGCAGCUACUACGGGCCGCCCUACGCAGGUCCCGGCGUGACGCAUGUGAUAGUGCGGGAGGACCCCUGCUACAGCUCCGGUGCCCCGCUGGCCAUGGGCAUGCUGGCGGGGGCCGCCACAGGCGCGGCGCUGGGUUCACUCAUGUGGUCGCCCUGCUGGUUCUGAACCUUAGGACUCUGAGCUCUGGACCCUGCACGUAGGCCACUAGCCCCCUUUUCCUCUUGGACCCCACCAUCAAGCCCUAGCCCACUUGAGGGCCUGAACCAUUUCUCCUUUUCUUUCCUACUCCCCUCUCCCAACUUCCGAAGAAGCUCCCAUCUCAGGCAGGAACAUGGCUAGAAAUCCUCCCAUCUACUGCCAGACUACCCAGAAAUCCCUUAUGGACACAUAUGACUAUAUUUCCUCC